AUGGCCCCACCAACCCAAUCUUCGGCUCCCAAGAAGGUUCAGGUAAUCAAACUUUUUUUUGAAUAUUCGUUUUUAGACAGUAAAGAAAUAUUUUUUUUUUCUCAAGUCAAUGUAUUUUUUUCAGACCAAGAAAAACGCCGAGAACAUCAACUCGCGUCUUUCCAUGGUUAUGAAGACCGGAAAGUAUGUGCUCGGAUAUAAGCAGACCCUGAAGAGCCUGCUCAACGGAAAGGCCAAGCUCAUCAUUUGCGCCAACAACACUCCUCCCCUCAGGUUUCUUUUUUUGAUUUUUUUACCAUUUUACAAUUCAAUUAAGAGCCUAUCAAAACAGUUGAAGAAUGAGUAUUUGACAAAAAAAAAACCAAGGCGCCAGAAGUUUUUUUUGUAAAAUUAAACAUUUCAGUAGUUACUAUCCUAUCCUUGAAUGCUCUUCGAUAUUUUCCAAAGCCACUCAGAAGAAAAUGGAAAUUUGUGACUUGAACUCGCACAUUUCAAUUUCAUGUAAUGAUCAUGAAUGAUCAAAAAAAAAAAAAUCAAAACAGCAAAAAUGUUGUUGCUCACUUUUUUAAUUCUCAUUUUUGAUUUUUCUGGGUUAUUGUUGGUAAUAAAUCAAUUCUGUUUGCUGGGUUUUUGACUUUUUUUAAAUCCAAGUGUAUAAACCGUAAAAAGGAGUAUUUUAUUGGAUUUUUUUUUCUUUUUCGUCCUGCUAUUUUGUGAGCAGCGUAGGCGCCUCAAGUCAAUUAGCCGAGGUCCUAUCUAGUUAUCAUUGAUAAUUAGUGGCUCUAGGGACAUUUCCGACCUUGUCUGUGGCGACUGAAGAUUUUUGAAGUCGUGGUUUUCCAGUUCCAAAUUUUUUUGAACCCGUUGGUUGUGUCAAGACGGGGAUCGAACUUGUGACCCUGUGGACCGUAGACAGGCACACAACCUGUUGCUCUACGGCGUAAGAAAGAAACUUAUUAUAACUGGUAAUUGCAGAAAGUCGGAGAUCGAGUACUACGCUAUGCUCUCCAAGACCGGUGUCCACCACUACAACGGAAACAACAUCGAGCUGGGAACCGCCUGCGGAAAGCUUUUCCGUGUUUGCACCCUUGCCGUCACCGAAGCCGGAGACUCGGACAUCAUCCGAAGCACUCCCAACGAGACCGCCUAA